CCCCGCCCGGUCCGGGGAGCUGCACCUGGAAGAUGCGCCCGGGGACGGCCGGCACUUUGAAGGCUGUGUUCUUCCUCUUCGCAUCCAUAUGCGCCUGGUAUUCUGGGUACCUGCUCGCGGAGCUCAUUCCGGAAGGUUCCCUGUCCAGCGCUGUCUCUAGCAUCCAGAGCAUUGGUGAGAGGCCCGUUCUCAAGGCGCCAACCCCUAAAAGGCAGAAAUGCGACCACUGGACCCCAUGCCCCUUGAACACCUAUGCCUACCGCCUGCUCAGCGGGGGCGGCAAGGACAAGUACGCCAAAAUCUGCUUUGAAGACGAGCUGCUUAUGGGAGAAAAGACUGGAAAUGUCGGAAGAGGAAUAAAUAUUGCCAUUGUCAAUUAUAUGACUGGGAAAGUGAUUGCAACACAGUCUUUUGACAUGUUUCAAGGCGAUAACUCUGGACGGAUGAUAGACUUUAUUCAGAGCGCACCCUCAAAGUCGUUGCUCUUCAUGGUGACACACGAUGACGGAGCUGGCAGGCUGAAGGAGGACGCCAAGAAGGUCAUAGAAGCCCUUGGAAGUAAACAAAUCAGGAGCAUACAGUUCCGGUCCAGCUGGGUAUUCCUUACAGCCAAAGGCUUGAAACUUCCCGAAGAAAUUCAGAGAGAAAAUAUCAACCACUCUGAUAAUGCAAGGAACAGAUACUCUGGCUGGCCCGCAGAGGUACAGAUAGAAGGCUGCAUACCCAAGAAACCAAGCUAGUGUCGUGUGGCCUUAAUAAAUAGGUUAUAUGUAAACCA